AUGGAAACCAUUGAUGAGCACUCGGAAGAUAUGUUGAUGCUUCUCCGUUUGCUUCGUCCUUGCGGUCUCCUAACUAAACGUCUCCAGGAGCGAUCGCUGGACUUAUGGGGGGCGCAAGGUCUGCUUGAAUCGACAACGAUUCAUCUGAAGAAUAUCCAAAACCUUUCGACUGAUCUCGCAUCUCUCCGUGAUGCACUUGUUGAUCAUUUGAUGGAUCGCUUCCCUAUUGAUGAGCCUUCAUGGAUGUCUUUGUUGGAUAUGUCUCAUGAAUAUCCUGACGGCGUCGUACAGGCGAGGUUUUCUCAGAUCUUGACGAAGCUCAAGGUUGAUGAUCCAGACCUGAAGGCUGUGGAUUUUGCCAGAGAUUAUCAACUUGUCCGCAAUGAGUAUUCCAGGCUGAAAGCUGCUGGUGCUGUGAUCCCCGAUAUACACAAUAUUAAGCCUGCCGGCCUCUCUGCUUUAUGGGCAUUCUACGAUAAUAGCGAGUUUUUAGUGCCCUUUCUCGGCAUCGAUCUCGCUUUCGGCGCCGACUUCAUAUCCAUCUACCAGCAUUAG